CCAGAGUUUUAAACGGAGUAAAGCUAAGUCGAGGGUUCUGUUUCUUUAAGACAGCCCAUUCGCUGAUCCGACUGGACUACUUGAUUACUAUCCUUUAGUUGUUUGGCUAGAUUUCGACAAAACUUUUCUUUUCCCAAAAGUCUGGCCACGGUGUUACCAGUAACACCCACCACCACCACACCCUCCCACCCCCCCCCCCCCCACCCUCCACCCCUUGUCUGAUUACAUCUAGUAAUUCUCGUCUGAAUGAACGUCAUUUACAAUAGUAAGGGAGCGCUGGCUGGCUGCUUCACGCUCGAUUUGCCACCAUUCUUCCUUUAAGUAUUCGUGUAAUAUUAAUAGUCAUGAAUAUCAAUUAUUAUGAGGCGGCGUAGAGUGGCAGAGAGGGGUGUGAACAGUCAGCAUCUUGCCUUGGAGAGGGGAACACUGGUUGUGAAGCUGGAGUUAAAAAAUCUACAGCAUUUGUCCUUUUUUGAGCAAUUUUGAUGGAUAUAGUGUUGGAGAUACUUCAGGCAAUCGGGCGUCUCUUCCUGCAGUCUUGCUGCUCUUCUGGUUGAUGGUCUGUGAUCAGAUUUGCUACAGAUGUUAGUCCACACUUACACAGCUAUGGACCGACACGAUGGAGUUAACAGCCACAGUUCGAGGCUGUCCCAACUCGGGUCGGUCUCCCAGGGACACUAUUCAACCGCUCCGCCGCUUUCUCACACCCCAACGUCGGACUUCCAACCACCUUAUUUCCCUCCUCCUUACCAACCUCUUCCAUAUCACCAGAGCCAGGAUCCUUAUACACACGUCAACGACCCCUACUCCCUGAACGCCCUACACCAACCUCAGCAGCAUCCCUGGCAGCAAAGGCAGCGGCAGGACGUGGGUGCCGAGCCCAGCCUUCUACACCAGCCCCGGGUUCUGCCCCAGAUCACAGGGCUGGACCCUCGCCGGGAUUAUCCCGGCGUGCGGCGGCCAGACGUGCUUGUCCACUCUGCUCAUGGACUGGAUUCGGGGAUGGGAGAUAGUCUAUCUCUGCAUAGUAUCAGCCACCAAGGAAUGGAAGACAUUCAGGCUUUGGAUGACACGGGUACCACUGGCAUGAGUUUAUUGGACCAAUCCGUCAUUAAAAAGGUCCCACUUCCUCAGAAGAAUAUCACAUCCUUGAUGAUGAACAAAGACAAUCUACUUGGCGGAAUUGCCAACCAUAACGAGGUAUUCUGCUCGGUGCCAGGACGCUUGUCCCUUCUUAGUUCUACAUCCAAGUACAAGGUGACGGUGGGAGAAGUCCAAAGGCGCCUGUCCCCACCAGAAUGCCUGAACGCGUCAUUGUUGGGGGGAGUGCUGAGAAGAGCCAAGUCAAAAAAUGGUGGAAGGUCGUUAAGAGAAAAGCUUGAGAAGAUCGGAUUAAAUUUACCCGCAGGCAGACGUAAAGCUGCGAACGUCACUUUACUAACCUCACUAGUAGAAGGCGAGGCCGUGCAUUUAGCCCGGGAUUUUGGGUAUAUCUGUGAGACGGAAUUCCCUGCCAAGGCUGCAGCAGACUACCUGAACAGGCAGCACACAGACCCCAGCGAGCUGCACUCCAGAAAGAACAUGAUACUGGCCACAAAGCAACUUUGCAAAGAAUUCACAGAUCUGCUGGCACAGGAUAGGAGUCCUUUGGGGAACACCAGGCCCAACCCGAUACUAGACCCAGGCAUCCAGAGCUGUUUGACUCACUUUAGCCUCAUUACGCAUGGUUUUGGCUCUCCUGCCAUUUGUGCUGCUCUCACAGCUGUCCAGAACUACCUGACGGAAGCAUUAAAGGGACUGGACAAGAUGUUCUUAAACAACAACCCAAAUAGACACACAUCUGGAGGGGAGGCGGGCACCAAAACUGGAGACAAGGAGGAAAAGAACAGGAAAUGAGAAACACUCCUCCAAACUUUUUAUUUUCUGUAGCUUUAUAUAAAAAAUCUUCUAUUGACUUGGAAACAACAACGCACACAUAAAGGAGCAACACUGGGUCAACUGUUUGCAACCAAUAUGGACCUGGAUGCAAGGCUUCAAGAGCAUUUUUAUUGGUAUUUUUCCAAUUUUGCAACACUUUAACUUCCAUUUUAUGUCAGAAUGGCAGGUGAUUUCAAGAUCCACCUGGGUGACUGCAAAUUGAUUUUUUUAUUAUCAAAAUUCUUUGGUCCACGCUCAUUCCAGAUCUGAUUUCUGUGCACAGUUCUGCAUGUUGUGAGGAUGGAAACAUUCCACCAAAAAGAAAAUGACUAUCAGGUAACAUGAAAGCUUAAUAGUAUCCCACCCCUCCCCCACCCGAUUUGGAUACAUUAGCUUUAAUAUAGAGCUCAUGAUCUAAUGAUUUGCACACAGAUUCCAACAUACAGUGACAAUAAUGACAUGUACGUGCUCAUUCUAACUCCAAACACAACCUUGCAGUCUGCGGCAUGACUGACCAUAACCUUCCAUACGACACGAAUCCAAACGGAGCCCUAUGUAGAUAAUUAUUCACCUUGGAUUGCAGUUGUCAGAUCAAGUACAAGGGGAACACUGCGAAAGGAGUAUAGUCAGCCGGAAAGCAAGUUUAUUUCAAAGAGUCCACUUGGAAUCUAACGGAGAUCAAUGAGAAGGAAACAUGAGAUAAUAGAAAUGGACAGUGUUCCCCUAAUAUGGCGCCUUCAUUUUAAUUUUUGGUACUUUCUGAAACAUCAGCAAAUUUGACUGGCCUUCUCAAUACUGUUUAGCAUUUGGCAGCAGUUAUCUAACUGCCGAAUAAAUCCCCAGGUAACUGCCCUUGAAAACCCAUUGGCAUUUUGUUGGGUCUUGCUUGUGAUGUAUCUUUUUUACAAACUGACUUUAUCUCUGAAAGGACUAGGAUCAUGCAACUUUAAGCUUAGGCGAGUGAGCAUGAUCUCUACUCAAACCAAGGGCACUUUUGACCUCAACUAUUGGGCAAUUUGUUUCUUUUGAGUUUAGACAAGGUUCGCCAAUGAACAUACCAAAACUCACUGAUCACUUCACCCAGUUACCCAUUGGGCGGCGGAUAGCGUUUAGUUAUAGAUGUGAGUUUUCAACAGCAAUCAGGGCUACAUACUGUAAACUAAGUCUAGGUCACGAGGAAGAUUCAGAGUACGAAGCGACCAGAAUAGCUUUUUUCUGUCAUCAGUUAGGAAAAAAAAACAGAUAUUAAAAUAUUUGCAAAUCAGAAAAUACUCUCUUCGUAAUGUGCAAUCCUUAAAUAUAUCCCCUGAAAAUAUAUGAUAGUUUUUUUCUUAAUAAAUAUAAAACUUCAAGAUCACACAGAAGCAUCAGUAAAGCAUUUGUAGUCAAACAUUAAAAUUAUGGCCCAUUUCACAUUUUCGCUCAGAUUAACAGCCUGCACAUUGCAAAAUAUAUGAGGAUCAUGUUUAAAGGAGUAGAUGGAUUCUUGCAGGUUGGAAGACACACUGACCUGUAAGCCAUGCAUUGAGAAUAACAUACAAAUUCUUGCAGCUGGGUUGUCUGGAGCUUCCGGGAUUCUCCAAACUAAAGGGGCGGCGUUUUUUUUCUCUAAAAUCAAAUCUUGUUUCUUACACUGUGUUUGUUGUCUGUGCUCCAUGAAGGUAUAUGGAACUCUGUGCUCACGACUGGGAGAUAUUUAUCCGUGUGAACACAUUUCAAAUUUCUUCCCAUCUAUUUUAAUUUAUUGAAACCUCGCCACAAUCACUUCUCCCACCCUUCGAAGAUUUUUUAAACAAAUCAAACUAUUCAAGGAGAGCAACGUUAUUGUGGUGUGCUGGUAUGCAUGCAUGUGCUUGUGCGUUGGUGAGGAGGAGGAACGAUUGCGACUGCAGUGAAGACAUCAGGUUCCCCACAGUUAAUGAAGCAACCGACUGAUACACAUUAUAGGGAACCUAGCUGUCCUUCUUUGAUCCCAGUUUGCAGUUCUGAUAUUCUAGCUGGGCACGUUUGUUGUGCAUAGACAAUUGCGAUAAUUAUCAAUUUAGAAACUGAAUGCAUUAUUGUGAGAUUCAACAAUUUAGACCAUAUGGUGGUUAUAACUACAGCAGAUACUGCUUAUUGUCACCAUUGAGUCGUUGCUCUUACUGCUCGUGCGCUCAACAUGAAAACCAUUUUCUUCGGUCGGGUAUCUGUGGUUGUCCAUACCAUAAUAUUUCCUUAUUACUUCUCAUAUACUUAUAACGGCCUUUUAAAUGAACCACUUUUUUAAAAAAAAUAAAUCACUGAGACGUUACAUAGAAUUCAAUGCUCCUUUGAGAAAGAGCUUCCUUUUCAUAUGUUUUCCACUUUUUCGCCCCAGGCCAUGCUUUUCAAUGGAAGAGUUAUCACAAGCCGAACCUGUGCUGCUCGGUGAGUCCACAGGUGGUAUGUGGCGGAUGGAGUGUUUUCCCCGUGGCGACACAAAACAAACCCACACCAGAACUGACUAAACUCAUUAGACACAUUAGCAAGAAAGUUGGAAUGCUGGGAGGACACAGGUGUGAAAGGAAUGUUUGACCGUUUAGUUGCUCAUUCAUUUACAACAAAAAAAUGCUAAAAUGUCCUGAUGAAUACACCCGGAUCUUGUUUGUUUUGAAUGUUUAUUUCUAAGCAGUAGAAUAAGAUCAAGGUCCCUCGGGGGGAAUAAAAAAGGCAAGAGUUAUUGCAUUCUGCUGAUUUAUUUUUAAUUCUGUCGUGUUUAAAACUAAACAGUUGAACAGGUUUGAUUUGUAGAAUGUACCCCUGUUGCCUAUUUUAUUUUCACUGACUCAAGGCAACUAUGCUGCUACUGCCACUGACAAAAAAGAAUAACAGUGGCAAAUGUCGGUCAGUCUCAAAUUGCCAGAAAUUGAUUAUUGAAAGCUUUUUUAAAAAAACAGGUUAAAACAUUCCAACCCAUGCUUGUGUAUUGCGGAUUUUUCAUGUAACUUGAUUGGAGUUUCAUUCCCUUUUGAUGAUAUAUUUCUGGUUUCUCUGAACUCGGUGCUGAUUUGGUAUUUUGAAAAUCUAAAAUGUUUUACUUAACCAGACACAAUGUUUAGAGUGCACGGAAAUUCCAGAUCAAGCUCACAUUUAAGUAUGACUGCACCCAUUUUAUGCACUGGAGCUGACCCAGCCAAAUGUAACCAACAUGUGGAAUCUAAAUUUCCACACACACACACACACACACACACACACACACACACACACACACACACACACACACACACACACACACACACACACACACACACACUUCUUGCACUCCCCACCACACCCGUCCCACCCAUCCAAGAUAUGACCAGAUGACAAUUUAGACAAAAAGAACAUUUUCUGUAGCUCAACCAGAUGCGCCUGAUGGCAACUUUGAUCUAGUCUCUAAGUAACGAAACGUGGAAGUCCACAGCAUGGAAAAGGUAAAUUUGUUUUUGAGGGAAAUCAAAACUCAUUUGUUAGCCUCCUUCCCCGGUUCUCCCAGCUUAACCAUGCAAAUUAUAAAAUUCAAUUUGCAAUCGUACGUGUCUAGGAAUUUUUGAAGGCGAAACAUAUGAAGUGGUCAGGAGCCGAGGGAGUGGCUGGGGCGCUCCUGUAGAGCCAUUAAGUAACAUAGCUGGAUGUUAAAUACUUUAUUUUUCCGGGAACUCCCACAAAGCAUUUAACAUGAUGUAAACAGUGCAGUGACUUGACACUAUCCUAAACCUAACCAUUAACCAAAAAAGAUCUUGAUAAUUACCCGAGACUAACAUUUUAGGCUGAAGAGAACGAUGUUUCCGCAAGUCAUGAAAUAUUGAUGCAGGAAGGAUGGUGGCUCUUCAUUAAUGAUAAAGUUUUGCAAACCAACUGGCAAAUCUACCAUCAGCAAAUGACAAUCUACUGGAAGUGUUGCUAAUACAAAUACAAUCAAUAUUUGAAGUCUGUCUACUCUUCCCUGGAAGUCUGUUAUACGUUUUCAUUUCCAUAGGUAGUAUAAUUGCCGAGAUAUAGAAUCCUGUGUAUUUCGGUGUCAAUCAAUAUAUCAAAUUCGAAAUGUGCACCCAUUUUAUUUUCAAUCGAUUCAUAUUGUAAUCUCAUCCAUUUAAAAUAAAAAAAAACCCGCAUAGCAAAGUAAUACUGAAAUUGACAAACGCUCUUGUAUCCUCACAAUCUUCUUAUCCGUUGAAAAGGAAUCCAUCCUUGUCAAAAAAAUAAGCACGAACUCAUAACCCCAUAUGCCAAAACUGCGUACGAGCAGGUUGUAUACUUUGAUCUGUUCCCAUCCUUGUCACAUGCUACAAAAUAAAACCGUUUUGACUCCAGUAGUUAGGUAACCCGAUUUUUUAUACAACACUUUCCAAACAAAUAUACAACUUGGAACACUAGUUCCUCUGGAUCUCCACUGGGAUUCAGCUUGGAGGGGGUGGGCGGGUUAUCAUUGUCCAUGUUUGUAUAUAUUUAUUUAAUGUUAAUUUAAUGGGAUUGUAAAUAUGGUGAGCCAGUAGUGGGGUAUUUAUCUAUGAUUCCAUACCUCUGUGAGUGGGUUGAAAAUGCUUGACGCUAGAUAGUCCACUAUCUGAUCUCUGUUCACUAGACACAUUGUAAAGGUGAUGGGUAGAACUUGUUUAUUGUCCAGUUGUGGUCUCAUUUUAAGAGAAAAAAAGAGUUGAGUACCUUGUGAUUUUGUUGUAUUUUAUUCAGUUUAAAUGUGAUGCUGCUUCACUUUUCAGACAGAUUUUGUUACUAGGUCUGUCCACCUACUGGUUGUUUGAAUGAAAACCAAUCUGUCUUCAAGAAACAAACGAACACAUAAUAAAUCUUUCUUCCGAAAUGUACUGUUCUUUUCUCUCUCUUUCAGUAAAGCAAUAAAGUGCAACCAUCAUAUUUUAGUGUGCAUUUGUCCCUGGGAUAUUUCCAAUGGCAUGAGGAAAAGGUUUCAGAAAUGUUACCAAAACAAACCUGGUGGAGUUCAAAAUGUUUCAACUUUGGGGAUGGUGUAUUGUACACUUUAAACGUUACGAUCAAAAGUCGGGCAUUGACGGAUACAUUUGGCUGAAAAAGUAGCAAGCGAAUGUAAGAACAGGAGAAUUUAAGGUAUUUCAGUAAGGUAUACUUGAAAUUACGCUGUGCAAGUAGUCUCAGCAAGGAAUCUCGAUCAUUUGGAGCGCAUAUCAGAAAGUAUGGGUGUCUAUUGAGUCAUGGUUCCCGAUAGGGGAAAUGCUUUGGUACCAACUUAUGUCCUGUAGGCCCCAAAGUUUUCCCUGGCUAUUGUCCAACUGAUUUUUCUUUGUCUCUAUUUGGUCUCUGUAUGAGCAGGAUAAUGCACGCAUGGCUUCUCUAUUUAACUCAAUUAAAGGGCUCAGGCUCGCUCUGACCUUUUGUUUUAUGGCCUGAACCUGUCUAACAAACUAGUCAUUCCUAAGAGUCAAGUCAUUUUUUAUCACCACCUCUGUUCCUUAUUUGUCGACCAUUGAAAUAAGUACUAUAACUAUAAUUGCAACAGGGACAGGUAUGGUAUGCAAUUGCUGAAUGCAUGCAUCAUCUCUAGAAAAUUUAUAGGAGAGCCUUGUACUUCACCCACCUGUUGAAAUGAAAACCAUCCAAAAUAUCAAAUUUGUACUUAAGCAGAAAUAUUGUGGUCCACAAUAUAUGGUGUUCAUGUAUAUUGUGUAAACUCUCAGCAUUACCUAUGUUAAUAGAUUUUACAUUUCUUAAAGCCAGCUUGUAAAUAUAGUUGGAAUCAUA